UCGUUGGUCCGUCCUGGUGCUCCAGGCGCACUGGAAUGAACGCAGACCCCUCUCCUCGGGGCCGGGGCCACGAGGAGGGGUGGGGCGGGGCCUCUGACGCGGGCCCCGCCCACCGUAGCGCCGCCGCCGUCCGCCGCGUCUCCAGCGCUCAGUCCGCGCCGCAGGUGGUGCUUGUCUGGAGAGCCAUGGCCUCUUUCCGCUUGGCCCUCAUCCAGCUUCAGAUUUCUUCCAUCAAAUCAGAUAACGUCACUCGUGCUUGUAGCUUCAUCCGGGAGGCAGCAACGCAAGGAGCCAAAAUAGUUUCUUUGCCGGAAUGCUUUAAUUCUCCAUAUGGAACGAAAUAUUUUCCUGAAUAUGCAGAGAAAAUUCCUGGUGAAUCCACACAGAAGCUUUCUGAAGUAGCAAAGGAAUGCAGCAUAUAUCUCAUUGGAGGCUCUAUCCCUGAAGAGGAUGCUGGGAAAUUAUAUAACACCUGUGCUGUGUUUGGGCCUGAUGGAACUUUACUAGCAAAGUAUAGAAAGAUCCAUCUGUUUGACAUUGAUGUUCCUGGAAAAAUUACAUUUCAAGAAUCUAAAACAUUGAGUCCGGGUGAUAGUUUCUGCACAUUUGAUACUCCUUACUGCAGAGUGGGUCUGGGCAUCUGCUACGACAUGCGGUUUGCAGAGCUUGCACAAAUCUACGCACAGAGAGGCUGCCAGCUGUUGGUAUAUCCAGGAGCUUUUAAUCUGACCACUGGACCAGCCCAUUGGGAGUUGCUUCAGCGAGGCCGGGCUGUUGAUAAUCAGGUGUAUGUGGCCACAGCCUCUCCUGCCCGGGAUGACAAAGCCUCCUAUGUUGCCUGGGGACACAGCACCGUGGUGAACCCUUGGGGGGAGGUCCUAGCCAAAGCUGGCACAGAAGAAGCAAUCGUGUAUUCAGACAUAGACCUGAAGAAGCUGGCUGAAAUACGCCAGCAAAUCCCCGUUUUUAGACAGAAGCGAUCAGACCUCUAUGCUGUGGAGAUGAAAAAGCCCUAAAGUUUAUGUUUCUAAUGUGUCACACAGAACAGGACGAUAUGAUUCUACAACAUAAUCAACUCCCUAUUAAAUUCUUUAAUGAA